AUAAAUACAGUUAUAAAGAAAACAUGAUAUGUAUUUUUACAUCUAUUAUGUUCUUGUCCUGAAGCUAACUUAAACCUUAACUUUCCUACCCUUCUACUGUUACCCUUAUGGUGAUAGAGAAUAAAAAUGAAGUCUGUGGUCCUCACAUACAUAAAUCUUCUCCUUUCUUACUACCCACUUCUCAUCAAGGGUCUUGGUGUUCUUUCUCUUCUUCUUCUUCUUCUCAAUCUUGAUUUUGCUGCUUUUGUUCUCUCCUCCUCUUCCUUCUCUCAGUAUGGAAACUAGCAAAGCUGAGGGGAAAAGGAGGAAAGAGGUGGAGGAUGAGGAGGAUGAGGAGGAUGAAGAAGACGCUAGUGGGUUAGGGUUUGGAGAUGAUGAGAAGAAGAAAAGAGGCAAGAAAGGAUCUAAUGCCUGUGGUUCAAUGGCUGCUGCAGUUUCAUGCCAAGCAGAGAAUUGCACGGUUGAUAUGACUGAUGCCAAGCGAUACCACAGACGCCAUAAGGUGUGCGAGUUCCAUGCCAAGGCUCCUGUUGUCCUUGUUUCUGGAAUCCAUCAACGCUUCUGCCAGCAAUGUAGCAGGUUCCAUGAGUUAUCAGAAUUUGAUGACAACAAAAGAAGUUGCCGGAGCCGUUUGAAAGGACACAAUGAGAGGCGCAGGAAAAGCUCAUCUGACUAUCAUGGAGAAGGCUCAUAUUGACAAAAAGCUUACUGCUCAGAGAAGAGGUAUAGGCUUACAACAGGGGACGAAAGUUGGACUAUUUCCCAAUAAAAUUGCCUCUUCCAAGCAUGUCUAGAUUCAAAUAUGUCAUCUUUGGCAUAUGCUCUCUAUCUUCUGUCAAUGUAAUAAUGUACAACUUUCAUUAUAACACUACUUAGCACUUCUCAAUAAUUUCUGUGGAGGUAUUUCAUUAAUCCCACAAAUUGUAUGCACAAGUGCAUCACAUGAUGUCUGUGGAAGUAACAGAGACAAGGUUCUCACCAUGCAAACACAGAUGAAGUCUAUCAGAAAUUGUUUUGUAGGA